CGAGCUGUUGACUGACAGACGAUCAAUGUCUCAAAGGUCGCUGUGACGUUUCAGUGCUCUGCAGGACACUGACCUGACUUCAGCUCAAACUGAAGAACGCCGUCUGAAUUUUCUCGACCUGCUCAGGUAACAUCUCACUGCUUCCUCCUUCAGAAUGAGGGCUGCUGAUUGGCUGUUGGUUCUGGCGUCCCUUGCCCUCCUUGCCCUCGCCGUAGAUGCCGACAUCUGCGGCGCCAAACCGAGAGACCUCCCUCUGGAGCCACGCUGCAUCUACCGCAGCCCCGACUCGAGUCCCCGAGGACCCGACCGACCAGCCGAGCAGGUCCCCGAGUCCACCAACCCCCGAGUGUGGGAGCUGUCCAAGGCCAUCGGUCGCUUCGCCCUGUCACUGUACAAACAGCUGUCCCUAAGCAGGACGCCGGACGCCAACAUCUUCAUGUCUCCAAUCAGCAUCUCCACAGCGUUCGCCAUGACCAAACUGGGCGCGUGCAACAGGACGCUGCAGCAGAUCAUGAAGGUGUUUGAGUUCGACACCAUCAAAGAGAAGACGUCCGAUCAGGUGCACUUCUUCUUCGCCAAACUCAACUGUCGUCUGUACAGGAAGAAGGGCGACGCCACCGAGCUCGUCUCCGCCAACCGCCUGUUCGGAGACAAAUCUCUGAUCUUCAACGAGACGUACCAGAACAUCAGCGAGAUGGUUUACGGAGCCAAGCUGCUGCCCCUCAACUUCAAGGUAACCUGACACCUGUCCACAAUG